AUGAAGUUAAAAAGUCUAUUCAGGUCAGUUCUAAAGUACCGAAAAACAAACUUGAGCUUGCUACUUUUGAUCACCUACUCGAUUAUUGCGAUACUCUAUAUUUUUGAUCAUGAAUAUUAUAAAUUCAACUUGCCAAGAAAAGAUGAACAGCCUGAAUUUAAUGACUUGUUAGAAACAGCCUGGACAGAUUUACAAAUUAUUACAGCAUCUUUCCAUCCUUAUACAUCUAGAGAGAAUGAUAAUGUCCACGAUUAUUUACUGAGUAGAGUUCUAGAAAUUACAGGUAAUGCAUCUUUUGCAAGCGUUUCAGAUGAUGCAAGUACUAAGAGAUCCAUAUUGUUUCAACAACAGCAAACCUCCGACACGUCCUCGGGUGUUUCGAGAGUAACAUAUUUCGAAUCGUCCAACAUUUUAGUCAAGUUAGAGGGACAAAGUCCCAACCAAGAAGGACUGCUUCUUUCAGCUCAUUUCGAUUCCGUACCUACAGCUCGCGGGGCUACCGAUGAUGGAAUGGGGGUGGCUUCUUUAUUAGCCAAUUUGAAGUAUCAUAUGAAACAUAGGCCGGACAGAACUUUAAUCUUCAACUUUAAUAAUAAUGAAGAAUUUGGCCUGUUGGGAGCAUCAACGUAUUUUGAUCAUCCAUGGUCUGAUUUAACCAAGUACGUCAUAAACUUGGAAGGAACUGGCGCUGGUGGAAAAGCGGUGUUGUUUAGAACAUCAGAUACUUCAACGGCAAGAAUAUAUCAGGAAUCUGUCAAAGAAAACCCAUUUGGCAAUUCUAUUUAUCAACAAGGCUUUUACAGUGGAUAUGUCAGAAGUGAAACAGACUACAAGAUUUAUGAAGAAAACGGAAUGAGGGGCUGGGAUAUUGCUUUUUAUAAACCAAGAAAUCUUUAUCACACUAUGAAAGAUUCAAUACAAUAUACUUGCAAAGCAUCUUUAUGGCAUAUGCUCCAUACCUCGCUACAACUAACUUCAUAUGUGGUGUCCAAUCCGUUAGACACAGAGGAUCAAUCGCCGGCUUGUUAUUUUGAUUUUAUCGGAUUGAAGUUCUUUGUUAUGAGCGCUAAAACGCUCUUUUAUUGGAAUUGUAUAUUUCUGUUAAUUUCGCCCAUUGCUGCUGUUGGUUUUUACCUAAUUUCCCGGGAUAGAAUGACCUGGAAAUCGUACUCUUGGUUGUCAUGGAUGCGUUUCCCUUUUUCAUUGAUAGUAGGCAUUGUUCUACAAAAGCUCUUCUCGAAUGAUAUAACGCAUUCCAAUCGUUUAACAUUUUCAAGGAACUACUUUUGGCCUGUGUCAGCAUACUUUACCGAAAUCCUUUUAGCCAAUUACGUUUUGAUUAAUUGCUGGAAUCGUUUUUUCCCCUGUAAAGAUGUCAAGAGCUUAUCUAUUAUCGAAUUAUUCAUCAUAUUAUGGGUCAUUUUACUGUUUACCUCGAAACUUUUGUAUUGUUCCGAUUAUACGUAUACUGGCGUCUAUCCCUUCUCGAUCUUGUUUAUGCUAACUACUAUAGCCGCCACAUUGAGGCUACUGCGAUUAGCGUUAAAGCCAAAAGCGGGAAAGGGGAACGGCAUAGAAGUCGUGGAUCGCCACUCCGGUUAUAGUUCCCUCUCUCAAGUCGAUAUUGAAGGAGAAAAUCAUGAAAACACUGAGCAGUUCCGAAAUCAGUCCCCAUUGUCGCAAGAUGAACAAUCGAGUAGACAAGAUGAUAACGUAUCAACCACUCUGGCACCUCAUGUUAGCGAUGAUCAAGAUGCGGAUUUAGGACAACAACAGCACGAUGAAAGGGCACCUUUACUGAAGGUAUCUAGUCAUCCAAGUGAAGAAGCAAAUAUCAUGGGGACUUCUUCAAAGACAAAGUACAAUGACUAUGCAUGGGUCAUCCAAUUUUUAGUCAUUGUACCAAUAUCAUCAUUUAUCUUGUUUAGCAGUGUGGAUGCUGUCAUGGAUGCAUUAAAUCAAACGGUUCAAGAAGGAAACAAAGCUACAUUUGAUAUAAUUAGAUUUGGGAUGGUGGGUAGUAUUUUGAUUGCAUUACCAAUUUUGCCGUUUUUUUACAAGGUCAACUAUAUGACUAUAUUGUUGACAGUGUUAAUUUUCUUGAUCUCCACAUCAAAAACCCUUUUAGAACACCCUUUUACAAAUAACAACCCGUUGAAAGUACGAUUCUCCCAAAACAUUGAUUUGUCCCGUGGUGAUGGUGCUAGUGUACAUGUUUUUGGAAGAGAGGGAAAUUUCUUGAAACCAAUGCUGGAGGAUUUGCCCAGUAUAAAAUUUAACUCCACCCCCAUAAACUGUACUUCUGUAACAAAUGGAAUGGAACUUUGUAUGUAUGACGGGAUGCAACCAAACUUAUUAAGCACAAAUGCUAAAACGGACAUCAGUAAUAUGGUGAAGGUACAUAUUUUAAGUGAUAGUCGGAAUUCGACAGAGAGAUCUCCUUACGAACCAAUAGUUGCAGAAUUACUCUUGGAAGCGAAGGAGAACAGGGCAUGCACUUUAUCAUUCAACAGUAGGUCCCGGGUGAAAUCGCCUGUCAGGGAAGUUACAGUGUAUCAAGAGGAGGAAUUUGCUUUGCAGCACCCAAAUACCUCGAAAACAAUCAAAACUAGUUCGGGCAUAGAUGAAUUGCAAUUGCAUAAACUUGAUUUUGAUCAAAAAGCCUAUCACAUUGGGGUUCAGUGGUUCCCAAAAAUCUUGACGGACGGCAAUUUAGAAGAUGAAGAUCUGGGUACAAAGGACGAACUUUCUGUAUCUAUUAGCUGUUAUUGGGGAGAAUAUGAUUCGGAAUCAGUUGUGAAUGGUACCGCUGUAAGAAAAAUCCCAGCAUUUGAUGAAUUGUUAAAUUAUGCACCACCAACUUUUUCUUUUACCAACGAGCAAAAGGGUUUAGUAAUUGUUAAGGAUGUUAUUAUUUUAUAA